AUGGUCAGGAACAUCUUGAAUUUUGAACUUCCAGCAGGAUCCCUCAAUGUGUUUCUGGUUCUCACUCUCACAAUCUGGCUAACCUUUUAUGACCGAAUUCUGAUGCCAUUGUUAGCAAGAUUCACCGGCAGGCCACGUGGCGGGCUUAGUCCUAAAGUGAGGAUAGGAAUUGGUUUGCUAGUCCCAGUUGCAGCAAGGGCAAUGUCAGCAGUAGUAGAAACCAUAAGAAGGAAAACUGCUAUUGGGGAAGGACUAGAAGACGAACCUGACGAAUUCUACUACUCUCAGUUCCCUAAAAGCAUGUCUACCAUUGCGGUGGCUCUUUUCACUUUCGGAACCGCGGUGGCUGAUCUGAUAGGGAGUGGUUUGGUGGAUGUUGUGGACAGGGUUACAUCCAAGGGAGGGAAGGAGGGCUGGUUGUCAAGUAAUCUUAACAAGGGUCGGUUAGAUGAUUAUUACUGGCUGAUCACUGUCUUGACUAUAAUUAAUUUUGUGUAUUAUCUUGUAUGUUUUUGGGCUUAUGGACCUGCCGAGGACAAGGAGGAGCGUCUGCUGGAGUAG